AUGCACUCGACAGGACCAAUCGUCCGUAUCGCACCGGGACAGUACAGUGUCGACAGCCUCGAUGCGGCGAAGACCAUUUACGGUCACGGCAGUCACUUCAGAAAGAAUGACUGGUAUUCUGUCUGGGGAGACCCGAGCCUACGAAACCAUUUCAGCGAGACGGACCCGAAAGCGCAUGCGAACUCCCGCCGGCAGGUUUCGAGCGUAUACUCCAUGUCGAACAUGGUAUCAUACGAGCCUUACGUCGAUGAGUGCACCGAGAUUCUGUCGCAGCGCUUCUCGGAGUUCUCUGCACAAGGGACCGUGAUCGACCUGGGUCACUGGUUCCAAUGCUACGCUUUUGAUGUCAUUGGCAAGAUCACUUUCUCAAGAAGAUUUGGCUGUCUUGACGCUGGCGGAGACCCUCAGCACGUCAUGAAGGAACUGGACGACUCCAUCCAGCUCUCCAGCGCACUCGGCGUUUACCCAUGGCUUUGGCCUCCUAUCUUCAAACUCCUCCAGCAGCUAGGCAAAGGGAAAGAACCCAAGGGAACCGCUUUCGUGGUCAAAUAUGCGGCGGAACAGGUCACUGCCAGACAGCAGGAAGAGAAGCCCGCGGAUGGACCCCAGGAUUUCAUCUCGAAGUUGGUGCAGGCUCAGAAAGAACGACCUGAAACGGUGACAAGCAUCGCCAUCCAGCUUGCCGGAGGUGCCAACAUCGCAGCUGGAUCAGACACCACGGCCAUUUCCCUCAGCGGAAUGAUGUACAACCUCUGCAAGCAUCCUCACGCGAUGCAGCGACUUCGGAAGGAACUGGAUGAUGCCGCGGCGGAUGGAUCCAUCUCGAACCCGAUCACUUUCAGAGAGGCUCAGGCGCUGCCGUAUCUCCAGGCUGUCAUUAAGGAGAGUCUUCGGGUUCACCCGGCAACUGGGUUCACGAUGCCCCGUGUUGUGCCGGAAGGCGGAAGGCAGCUUGCUGGAAGCUUCUUGCCUGAGGGUACGGUUGUGGGUAUCAACGCCUGGGUUGCCCACCACAACGAAGAGGUGUUCGGUCACGAUGCAGCGCAGUUCCGACCGGAACGAUGGAUUGACUCAUCCAAAGAGCAGAAGAGUGCAAUGGAGUCAUACUUCUUCACCUUCGGCCAAGGGUCCCGUACCUGCAUCGGCAAGAACAUCAGCUUGUUGGAGGUGUCAAAGGCAAUUCCUCGAAUGAUUCAGGAAUUCGAUUUCAUUUUGGAGAAGGAGGAUGACUGGCACUGCACCAACUACUGCAACAACCACCACUCUCACAAGACAAUCACCAACGAACAGCUUCUUGAAGCAUCACGAAACCAGUUCAAUCUCCAACAAAUCACACUCUUACAACCAACCAUCAACAUGCCUCGCGACGGAUCUGGUGCCUCUGACAACGCCGUUGAGGCCGGCCACGACAUCGUGCACGGUGCUGGCGUCGAGAAGUCCGACCACGUCGACCGCGCCGACAAGACCGCCCCCAUGCCCGAGAAGGAGGAGGGUCUCGCCAUCAAGGACCUGCCUGCCUCCGGAGGCACCAGCCAGGGCCUUGCCAAGGGCGACAACGUCGGCCAGGGAGGCCGCAGCAGCUAA